UUCGGACGUGUUUUAAAGAGCUGUGCAUAAAGUUGUUCGCUUUGCUCCAAAUGAGCUUUUUCCAUUUAUGGUCAAAUAUGUAUAUUUAUAUAUGUUUGUAUGUAUACAUACUUCAUAUCUAAACUCACGUAUGUAUAUACGUGGCGAACAUCGGUUGCAUUGAUGCGAGUUUAAAGUUGAAAACUUAUAAAAAGUGGUUUGAAUAACAAGAUUUUGCAAAUUAGAAAUUUGCUAUUAAAAAUUCAUUUGGUUAGUUUCGUAAUAUUCACAGAUAAUUAAGGUUGACCUGUGAGUGUGUACAAAUACUAAAGCAUCACAUACAUACAUAUGUAUGGUCUAUAAAGUGAUUUUCAAGGCAGCGGUGAUUGCUACCUGAUUUAUGUGUUACUAUUUUAAGAAAAAUAGAAAUUCCGUGGGCAGGAUCCUAAAACGAAACCAUAUACAUACAUAUACAUAGCUGAACGGAACAUGGCUGCGCCUAAAUUGAUUAUUCAACACAUCAUAAUCGGAUUACUUUGCUACUAUUCCGCUCCAGCCGACGCUUCAUUUCCCUAUUAUGGUGCGAAAAUUGGAGCGUUAAAAAGACUGCAUCACGGCGUUUCGGGAGAUGUAUAUGCUGUGGACUCUCGCACCCUUUUUAUAAAGAGCUUUAAUUAUGAUGGCGAAGCUCCUGCUGCCUAUUUCUAUGUGGGCAACACGCCGAAACCCAGCAACGAUGGAGCACAACGUCUGCGAGAUGAACGUGGCGGGGACAGUGCGCUCACUCGACGAUAUCGUAAUAAAGAUGUAACACUUUCCUUGCCCGAUGGUAAAACUUUGAGAGACAUCAAAUGGUUUUCGGUUUGGUGCGACGAGUUUGCCGUUAAUUUUGGUGAUGUUUCCGUACCAAGUGAUUUGGACUUUCCUAGGCCGCAAAAAAUUGCAGCUCUCAAAGGAGUGCAUGGUGUAUCCUCGGACAGCAUCGUAAUUGUGGAUGCACAAACUCUUUUAAUACCAAAUUUUAGUUACGAUGGAGAGGCACCAGAUGCGAAAUUCUGGGUAGGUCGCGGACAGCGGCCCAGUCCUCAAGGUCUUCGAAUACCCGACGAAAAUGGCAAAGAAAAUCCACUUCGUCGAUACGAUCGAAAAACUAUUGUGCUCACCCUACCUGACGAUUUGACUAUUUUCGACAUAGGACACUUUGGAGUAUGGUGUGAGGCUUUCACUGUCGACUUUGGCCAUGUUCGUAUACCCGAAGGAUUGAACGUGCCACCGUCUCUGAAAAUGCUUGGCAUUAGCCCCCAGUCAAGAUUGAAUUGUGAAGUUCUUUAUGACGAUUUAGCAUUUGAAGUGAGGUGGGCCGUAGCCGGUGACAGCAUUGUAAUACAACUUAUAGCCAAAUUGGAUACCAACGAAUACAUGUCCUUCGGCGUUUCACAAAAUCCUGAAAAAAGCAUUAUGAUUGGCUCUGAUGUUGUAGUAGCUUGGGUUGAGAAAGAUUCUGGUAAAGGCUUUGCAGUGGACUAUUACUUGGGCGAUAAGUCACAAUGUUCUGGUGGACUUGGAGUUUGCCCAAAAGGCAAUAUUCAGAAUGAAACAAACUCAAUACGUCUACUAAACGCUGCUUGGGUUAAUGGAUAUUCUAUUGUUACAUUCCAACGUUCUCUGCAAUCAAAUAGCAUGUUUGAUGUCCCGAUAUUGGUAAAUAAUUCUCAGGCCAUCGUAUGGGGUAUCGGCCCACUUAAUGAACGCCACGAAGCCUCAUAUCAUACUCAUUACACACGCUUGACAACUCGUAUUGAUUUUGGUCGGCAACCUAUUUGGAACUGUCCAUCGCCCGAAGGCAACAAACCAGCUGACGAGAGUGAUGAAGACGAAGUCGAAAGUGGCCAGGGUUACCCGUCGUCUACAACUUCGAGUCAAACUAGUUUGGAGUCUGAAGAAGAACAUUACAAUACUCCGCAGGCGCUGCAAAGUGCGAAUAGGCGUCAAGAACAAGCGCAUCAACGGCCUCAAUCGCACUCACGUCCCGUACCUACACCGAAAGUGUCGAACACUAAUGGCGCAUGGGACAUUCCAGCUAUAGAAUGCUAUGAACCAGAGGAUGGUGUAUUUUAUGCACAAAUGGGUCCAACAGGUGGAAAACAUGGCUACUCAGCUAUAACUGGCCACGUUGGUUGGGGUAUAUCAUGGUAUAUUAACGGUUUAUUAAUUCCUGAAAUUCACGUUGUUCGCGGCAAAACCUAUACGUUUGUGGUUGAAGGAGGUAUAGAUGCGGAUAUACCUGCGAAAUACCAUCCAUUCUAUAUCACCGAUGACCCUGUGGGUGGCUAUGAACAUAAACUAGAGGAAGAAAAAAAGGGUGUACGCAUAUUCGCUGGUGUGCAUCGUUCUCGUUCUGGGCAAUUGACGCCAACUGGGGUUGGUCGUCUCUGCAACUGGACACCGGAUGUUGAUGGCCCCUUGGCUGAUGAUUUUCAAUCAUUUGGGGCCUAUCAACGUACAUUGACUUUAAAAUGUGAUCCCGGUGAACCCGGCGUUAUUACUUGGACUCCGGACCGUAAUACACCAGAUACUGUUUAUUACCAGUGCUUCACUCAUCGUUAUUUGGGAUGGAAGAUUCACGUACAUGAUUUUUGCGAUGAUUCACGUUUCAUUGCAUCGGCAUCGAAGAAAUACGAGGUUCGCGUACCAUAUCACGCUCCCGGCGAUGGCGAUGAUAUCGCUGCUGAGGCAUCAAUUCGUCACGAAACAAAGGUCAGCCCCAACGAUAAUUUUUUAUUGAAGCACCAAACAGAUUUGAUUAAAAAUCAUAAUAUGAAUGGAACACCGCCAAAAUUGACAUUUGAAAUAACAAAAUCAUCGGAAAUUACUAAACUGAUUUCAGAUGGAAUCCGGGCUGCAGAAGCUCUCGAGGAGAGCAUACUAAGGAACACCAACAACCACAACCGAAAUGUCAACAACAAUAAGAAUAUAAACCAUAUUGCUGCUAAGGUCCCGAUGCGAGGUUUACCUACCAAUAAACAACAAGAGCAACUGUCAAAUACGAGUCCGACAGCAAGCAUCCAAAUGAAUGACAUAGAAGCUGCUCAAGGACAAAUAUCGUUUGAACCACGUAUUACCACAUCCGUACCGGAAACAUUACAUGGAGAAAAUCAUAUCCAAUCAUAUCACAAAACUCCACAAUCAUUGUUACACAUUAACUCUAAAAAAAUAUUAUCGUCCACAUUAUCAUCAACACCUCUUCAUCAUCAUAUGCAUCACCAUUCACAUCACCAUCUAAAUAAUCUUACUAAUAUUGCAUUGCAAUCACAGAAAACAAUAGGUCUCUCAGAGUUUCUCCGCCCACCACAUAAUGCAGCUCUUUUUCAUCCAGUCAAAUUACCAGGACGUCGACCAUACAUUGGACCAAUAAAGAAGGUGCCAGCCACCAGGACUGUACUUCCGCAACAGUUACACCGCAUACCACAUCCUCCCAUACAGCCCAUACCACAACCUUCUGUUAUAGUCAGUCACUAUCACAAGCCGGUGCCGAGCCUGCUGAAACCAUUUAUCAAAGAAAACCCACUUCCAAUUCAACCUAUAGCAGCGUCCGUAUUAUUGCUGGGUCAACCAGCAAGUUUAAGCGGCUUACGUAAAAACGACCCUGUGCUCCUGAAUCCAAAACCUAGUUCUGUCAUACCUGUGCCUUAUAUUGAUGUGGUACCCAAAAAAUCAAUUCAAAAUCUUAUCAGUGGAAAUGGAAGUGAAGAUAAGAAUAAUAUUUUUCAAUCGCUUUCGCUGCCAAAUCAAGUGCUUGAGAAGUCCGAUCCACUUUCUGUACCAACAAACAUCUUUAAGAAAAAUGUGGAUACACAAGAUGUCAAAGAGAACCCUUCUUCGCUAGAUAUUGCCACUAUGAAGCCUGCCAUCAAUAAUGGUUUCAAACCUGAUUCGGUGGUCGUGGAAAGUGGCUUUCGACCAAUUUUGCGCAAAGACGGCGGCUCGAAACUACCCAACAUAGAUCAAGUGGCACAUCGGCGUGAGGAUCCAGGAUUAGAGAUUGAUGAGGUUAUGGAAACAGACACACUUUUUCUAACAGCCCAAAAAGAUACACAAACUCAAAAUUUCGAACCAAUGUUUAUCCCGUCGCCACUAGAUAGCACUAAUGUUACUGUAAUAAUACGAAAUGUUGGCUCGUCUUCAUCUAGUCCACAAUUAAAGGUGCUUGAUGCAAAGAUCAUAGAAAAUAUGCCCGCAGUUGCCAAGCUUCGCAACGCGACAAUAGAGGAGAUUUUGUUAGAACUAAGAGAAGACGAGCGUUUAGAUGACAAUGUUACAAGUAAACUAGAUGAAAAUGUUACGAAUUUACCCGCAAAUGAAAGUGUCAAACCGGAGGAAGCUUAUUCUAGUGAACAACAGAACAAAAAUACAUCCGAAUUGUACGUGUUGGAUAGUCUGUCCGAAAUGGAGGCUAUCGAUGAAGAAGAUGACCGCGAAGCUCAGGCGGCAGAACGAAUAGAUACAUACUACCUACCACCAGAUAACCGCAAAAUACCACAUGCCAGCUUACCGAGCGGUGCCGUUGUUACAUUUGAUGGUAAAUCUAUUGUAGACGGCAAUUUAGUUUUGCCACCCAAAUUGGAGGCACUAGAAGAGCCCAGUUCACACCGCCAAGCACACGGUCUCUCCCAAAUUGAACAGCUCAUACGAAGUACACCCCAAGUUAGACCGUUUCGAGGGGAAAUACCGCAACCCGUGGCUGAGUUUCUCUCGAACGAACGUUCAAGAAAUAGAGCCUCCGGCACCGGCUCUGGUGGUAUAGUCGGUGGUACAGGGUCUGGAAUUGGCGGUCCAUACUUGCCUUCGACCUCACUUUCACCGCCUCGAGUGCACUCAACCAAACUGCAAAAAUUAGACGAAUCGGCUUUUCGGCACUAGCUUUACUACAAAGGUGGAUGGAGAUAUUUACGUACACAUGUACACACAUAGGUACCAUAGAAGCGUCCUUUAAUAUUACUAUUGAUAAAAUUAAAUAAAAUUGAAGAAAUUUCUUAGCGUAAAUAAAAUGAGGCAAAAUACU